CCCCCAUCUCCGCCCGGCCCGUGCCCCGCUGCCCGCAGGAGGACGCUCGGCCCCAGGUCGGGGCAGCCCCGUGGGAACGGGGUCCAGUCCGAGCCCCGUGGAGGCUCCCGGAGCGCCUCGUGGCCCAGCCUACCCGCUCGGCGGCCAUGGCGGGCACCCUCGACCUGGACAAGGGCUGCACGGUGGAGGAGCUGCUCCGCGGCUGCAUCGAAGCCUUCGAUGACUCCGGGAAGGUGCGGGACCCGCAGCUGGUGCGCAUGUUCCUCAUGAUGCACCCCUGGUACAUCCCUUCAUCCCAGCUGGCGGCCAAGCUGCUCCACAUCUACCAGCAAUCCCGGAAGGACAACUCCAGCUCCAUGCAGGUGAAAACAUGUCAUCUGGUCAGGUACUGGAUCUCAGCAUUCCCAGCAGAGUUUGACUUGAACCAUGAGCUCGCUGAGCAGAUCAAGGAGUUGAAGGCUCUGCUGGACCAAGAAGGGAACCGCAGGCACAGCAGCCUCAUCGACAUCGAGAGCGUCCCCACCUACAAGUGGCAGCGGCAGGUGACUCAGCGGAACCCAGUGGGACAGAAAAAGCGCAAGAUGUCCCUGUUGUUUGACCACCUGGAGCCCAUGGAGCUGGCGGAGCAUCUCACCUACCUGGAGUACCGCUCCUUCUGCAAGAUCCUGUUCCAGGACUAUCACAGUUUUGUGACUCACGGCUGCACCGUGGACAACCCUGUGCUGGAGCGAUUCAUCUCCCUUUUCAACAGCGUCUCGCAGUGGGUCCAGCUCAUGAUCCUCAGCAAGCCCACCGCCCCCCAGCGGGCCCUGGUGAUCACACACUUCGUCCACGUGGCAGAGAAGCUGCUACAGCUGCAGAACUUCAACACGCUGAUGGCGGUGGUCGGGGGCCUGAGCCACAGCUCCAUCUCUCGCCUCAAGGAGACCCACAGCCACGUUAGCCCCGAGACCAUCAAGCUCUGGGAAGGUCUGACGGAACUGGUGACGGCCACCAGCAACUACGGCAACUACCGGCGGCGGCUGGCAGCCUGCGUGGGCUUCCGCUUCCCCAUCCUGGGCGUGCACCUCAAGGACCUGGUGGCCCUGCAGCUGGCACUGCCUGACUGGCUGGACCCUGCCCGGACCCGACUUAACGCCAAGAUGAAGCAGCUGUUUAGCAUCUUGGAGGAGCUGGCCAUGGUGACCAGCCUCCAGCCACCAGUGCAGGCCAACCCUGACCUGCUGAGCCUGCUCACGGUGUCGCUGGAUCAGUAUCAGACGGAGGACGAGCUCUACCAGCUGUCCCUGCAGCGGGAGCCGCGCUGCAAGUCCUCGCCAACCAGCCCCAUCAGCUGCACCCCGCCGCCCCAGGCCCCUGUGCUGGAGGAAUGGACCUCAGCGGCCAAACCCAAGCUGGACCAGGCACUCGUGGUGGAGCACAUCGAGAAGAUGGUGGAGUCUGUGUUCCGGAACUUUGACGUCGACGGGGAUGGCCACAUCUCUCAGGAAGAGUUCCAGAUCAUCCGUGGGAACUUCCCUUACCUCAGCGCCUUUGGGGACCUCGACCAGAACCAGGAUGGCUGCAUCAGCCGCGAGGAGAUGAUCUCCUACUUCCUCCGCUCCAGCUCCGUGCUGGGCGGCCGCAUGGGCUUCGUGCACAACUUCCAAGAGAGCAACUCCUUGCGCCCUGUUGCCUGCCGCCACUGCAAGGCCCUG